CACCACAUGGCGUGGUCACCGCACCGUUUGGGCCCCCCCGACCUGUCCCGCAUCUCCCUCCCGGUCCCAGGUGAGACACAACAAAAGCUCGCUGGUGCCUUAGAUCAGCGCAACUGGGGCAUAGCACAUUGGCUAGCUAGUCUCCCAUGCAACGGGCCCUGCAAGAGUGGGCAUUCGCACCUGCUCCGCCCUGUGGAAAACAAGGAGCAGAGGAGGAGGAGGAGGAGGAGGAGGAGGAGGAGGAGGACGACGACGACGGAAGGGGGGGGGGGAGAGGAGAACGCGCGCCGUGGAAGACGGCCCACGGGGAGCCGGCCAGUGUCGACUAAGGGCACCCUUCGCAACCCAUGACCCUGGUCCUACACGCGUCCAGGCCGCAGGGCACGGCAGCCGCGGAAACAGAAGCCGCAUUGGCCGUGCAUCGCAGCCAGAGCAGAGGCAGGGGUGGAAGGAGGGAGGGACACAACAAAGAAGAGGAGGACCGGGAGGAGGGGGAGCGCCGGCCGUGCCGAGCGGCCGGAGCGGGGGCGCCAUUUGUCGGCGCAGGGCGGCCGCUGUCGGCUCACGCGCGGGGGCGGCGCGCUCUAUUUCCCCGCCCUGCGCGGGGUUGCGGCGAGGAUGUCAAUGGCGGGGACUUGCGUCGUCUGCCAGAUUUGCCCGUCCAUCUCGGGGUCGAGGAGGUCCAGAAAUGCACCUUCUUCAGGGUGCUGUCGAUCUCCUC